UGCGCACUAGGUCAAAUGAAUGCGCGCUCCGGUCCACAGCAAGCGCGUGUCAUUGAGGGAGGUGAUUAGAGUGUCUUCUUCUGCAUACAUGACUUUCUGUCGACAAUAACAAUGUGGCGCAAGAUGUUCACCUCCGUCCCUGCUUUCAGAGCCCUGAAAGCACCCUGUCGGAGCUUUAAAAGCAGCAGCAGGGGACCUGAUAAAGACUUCUUUAAAGAUCUGGAUGCUCAGCUGCGGGCGUUUCGGGACAAAGCGGCCGCAGCGAUGCCCGGCAGUGACUGGAGCCCGAUUGAGUUGACCCCCGGCCUGCCCCCGGAGAGGGCCGAUGUGGUGAUUGUAGGAGGGGGAGUCGUAGGAUGGUCCAUCGCAUACUGGCUAAAGAUGAAGGCGCGAGUGAGGGAUGGUCUGAGAGUGCUGGUGGUGGAGAAAGACCCUACUUAUUCCCAGGCGUCGACUGUGCUGUCAUGUGGUGGAAUUCGGCAGCAGUUCUCCUUGAAAGAAAACAUCAUGCUGUCUCUGUUUUCAGCUCAUUUCAUGAAGAACAUUAAUAAUCAUCUCUGGGUUGUAAAUGAAGACCCCGUUGAUCUGCAGUUUAAUCAUUCUGGAUAUCUCUUCCUCGCCAGUGAAAAAUCAGCUCAUAUCAUGGAGGAAAACUACAGAACUCAGAGAUACGUGGGUGCGAAGGUCGCCCUCCUCUCACCAUCCCAGCUGAAGGAGCGAUUCCCUUGGAUGAACACGGAGGGGGUCGCUCUGGCUUCUCUUGGACUUGAGAACGAGGGCUGGUUUGACCCCUGGUCUCUCCUGAACGCUCUCAGACGCAAGGCCGUGUCUAUGGGAGUCUAUCAGUGCUUUGGAGAGGUCACAGGAUUUAAAUGUGCUGCAAAUUUGGCAGAAACCACAGAUGGAGAGGUUCUUAAUGUCCAGAGGAUAAAAUAUGUCAAUGUGCGGAUGCCCAACAGUCUGGAGUAUCAGCCCGUGGAAUGUGCCGUUGUGGUUAAUGCAGCAGGUGCAAACUCAGGAAAGAUCGCCUCCAUGCUCGGCAUCGGAUUAGGCCCGAAAGAAUCCGUGUCUGGUGUUCCGCUACCCGUGGAGCCCAGGAAAAGGUUUGUUUAUGUGGUACAUUGUCCUGAUGGACCAGGGUUGGAUACUCCAUUUCUGAUUGACUAUUCAGGGGUUUACUGUAGACGAGAGGGACUGGGAGGAAAUUACAUCACAGGAAUGUCACCAGAGGAGACAGAAGAACCAGAUAUCAGUAACCUUGAUGUGGACCACGAGUUCUUCCAAGAAAAGGUCUGGCAUCAUCUGGCAAACCGUAUUCCUGCAUUCGAGCAACUGAAGGUUUCAAGCGCGUGGGCUGGGUUUUAUGACUACAACACCUUUGAUCAGAAUGGUAUUAUUGGACUGCAUCCUCUUGUGCCCAACAUGUACUUUGCCACGGGCUUCAGCGGUCACGGUCUGCAGCAGUCUCCUGCGGUCGGGCUUGCCGUGGCUGAGCUUAUACUGGACGGAGGCUUUAAGACCAUCGACCUUAGUGCUUUUGACCUUAAACGGAUCCUCCUGCAGGAGCCCAUACUAGAGAGUAACAUUGUGUGAGGAGCACAAAAACAUACCGGGAAGAUGAAUGUGUCCCCAAAAUGGAGCCACUUGACAUGAACGUUAUAAUGACAUCAUAGUUCAGACAGAACUCUCACUGGAACAAUGGUCAAAGUUCAGUUUGGAAACCAAACAUAAUCAGAAUAUUAAAAGGGUUAGUUCUCCCAAAAAUGAAAAUUCUGUCAUUAAUUACUCACCCUCAUGUCGUUCCAAACCCGUAAGACCUCCGUUUAUCUUCGGGACACAGCAAGAAUACAUAGCAAGGAGUAAAAUAGUCACAUGGACUAUUUUACCGAAGCCCUUGCUACGUUUCUGUGCAUUGAUCAGGGGUUUAACCGUAAUUUUACGAAGCAUCGAGAAUACUUUUUGUGCGCAAAGAAAACAAUUUUUUUGUAUUUUUGUUUUUCUUUGUGCACAAAAAGUAUUCUUGUAGCUUCAUAAAACUACGGUUAAACACCAGAUCAACGCACAGAAACGUCGCAAGGGCAUCAGUAAAAUAGUCCGUCACAUGGACUAUUUUACCAAUGCCCUUGCUGCGUUUCUGUGCGUUGCUCUUGGUAAUAUUCUUGCUGUCUAUGGAGGGUCAGAGAGCUCACGGAUUCCAUCAAAAAUAUCUUAAUUUGUGUUCUGAAGAUGAACAAAGGUCUUAUGGGUUUGGAACGACAUUAGGGCGAGUAAUCAAUGACAGAAUUAAAAUUUUUGGGUGAACUAACCCUUAAAGAUAUGAAAGAUGAGUGAAAAAUGCUGCUGGAUUCAACAAAAUAGUACUGUUCAAGAAAUGUAUGGUAGAGAUCAGAAAAUUCAGAUGGACAUUUUGUGAAUUUGUAAUUGCAUAUUUAAAUUUGCAUAUGAAACCAAUCAUGAUACAUCCUAUUUUUGUUUUGAAAGUGCUUUUCUAGAUGUUCAUACGGUUUCAGAAAUGAAUACCAAAAAUUUUCAUAAACUUUAAAAGUUUGUUUCUAAAUCAGACAUCAUGGACUGAAUUUUAUAAACCUGUACAUAUUUUAAUGUGUGUUAAUAUGGAUAUGAAUACACAUGCAUAUUGUGGAA